GAUAUUUGGUGUAAAAUUGCUGCAUCACAAAGAAAUAUCGUACAAGUAAAGUGACAGGCUCAUAAUAAUAUGUUUUCAACGUGCACUGCAGCUUAAGGAAGACAAGGUGAUGGGCUCAUAAUAAUAAUAGCAAUAAUGAAAAUGAAAGUACAGCAAAGUGAGAAGCCUGAGGGGAGGGGCAUGUAAAAAUCCUCACUUUUCCUGGAAGGGACCAAAAUCUUCCGGGUUUUAAGACGCUGAUCUAACAAGCAAAGCAUGAACCCAAAGCAAAAGAUUCGUAAAGCAGAACAACCCAAAAGGAAAAGCCUUGGGACUGAUAUAUAGUUCAGAGUUCGUAGAGAUAAUUAGUACUGUCAGGAUUUGGGUGUCCUCAAGGACUGGAACUGCUACAUAGACUGGUCUAAGCCGGUCUCAUACUCAGUAGGGAAAGAUGGGUGCUUUGACUGCCCUUCCUCCUCUCUCAUCAAAGCUAAAGCAGCCUUCUCUCUUUGAGCAACAAAUCUCUCUCUUUCCUUAUGGAAAGCGAACCAAGAAGAAGAACCUGUCUAUUGUUCCUGUAGCAAGAUUGUUUGGACCGGCCAUCUUUGAAGCAUCGAAGCUGAAGGUACUGUUUUUGGGAGUGGAUGAAAGAAUGCACCCGGGGAACCUUCCAAGGACCUACACGCUUACGCAUAGUGAUAUAACUUCUAAGCUCACUUUGGCCAUCUCGCAGACAAUAAAUAACUCUCAAUUGCAAGGAUGGUACAACAGAUUACAAAGAGAUGAAGUGGUGGCAGAGUGGAAGAAAGUGAAGGGAAAGAUGUCUCUUCAUGUUCACUGUCAUAUAAGUGGAGGUCAUUUUCUCUUGGAUUUGUGUGCUAGGCUUAGGUACUUCAUUUUCAGCAAGGAACUCCCUGUGGUUCUGGAGGCCUUUUUCCAUGGAGACGGUAAUUUGUUCAAGCACUACCCGGAAUUACAGGAGUCUUUGAUUUGGGUUUACUUCCACUCAAACGUUUCAGAAUUCAACAAGGUGGAAUGCUGGGGCCCGAUCAAGGAGGCUGAGGCACCAACCUGUGGCGUGCAGAAGGACAAGAUGCAGGCAACCCCACGAAGCAACAAGAGCUUGCCCCAACCAUGCCAAGAAAAUUGCGAAUGUUGCUUUCCACCGAUGAGCUUGCUCACAUGGUCAGAAGAACCACCACGAAUGAGUGAGAGUGAAAAUGAAAAUAGCUAUGAGUAGGGUAGGGCUGUAAAAUGUUUGAAUGUUAUAAUUCAAUAUCACGUUUAUAUAUUAGUUGCAGAAACAUCAUUAAAUUUAAUAAUUUUUUUUGUCA